AUGUCAUUAAUAGAAUCAAACGAGCCUAUUAAUAUCAUCUAUCCCGAAGGUUCUAAGGCGAUGAUUGCUGAAUGGGGAUAUCUUAACAAAUAUAUAAUAACAGGGCAUGAAGAUGGAAGCGUUGUUCAAUAUGAUUGGAAGACAGGUGAUCAAAUUAAAUCGGUUCACCCACAUACAGCUGAAAUUACUGAUCUUCAAAUGGCGGAAGAUCGCACUUACUUCAUUACUUCGUCGAAAGAUAAGUCCGCUCAGAUUUUUGAAUCUAGCACACUGAAUCACUUAAAAAAAUAUAUGACAGAUGCUCCACUUAACUCUGCUUCAAUAACCCCUAUUCAAGAUUUCGUAAUUUUGGGUGGUGGUCAAGAUGCUAUGCAAGUCACCACAACUACCAUGAGACAGGGCAAAUUCGAAUGUAGAUUUUAUCAUAAAAUUUUGGAAGAAGAAGUUGGUAGAGUUAAGGGUCAUUUUGGACCUAUAAAUACUAUUGCAGUACAUUCUGACGGAAAGAGUUUUUCAUCCGGUGGGGAAGAUGGUUAUGUUCGAGUGCACCAUUUUGAUGAAGAUUACUUUAAAUUUAAAUACCCCGAGUUGCAUUAG